UCUGAGAAAGUGGAUUGCUCUGACAUCUCAGGACUUGGUCUUAUCAUGGAACUUAUGGAGGAUGAUCCACCAAAUGGGAUUAGUCUCAAUACAUGCAAUCCAUAUGAGGAAUUUUGUGGAAAUAUUGCAUCCACUGUGACUCCUCGGGAUCCAGUCACUCAUCACAUCUCAGUCCAGACUGACAGCACAGACUUGGACAAAGUGGGAGAGAUGUUUGAGCGCUGCAUUGAUGAAGUGUUUCGUCUGGAGAUGCACAGGGACCGUCUCAUAGAAGAGUUUGCCCAGCUGCAAGAGCCCAUGCUGGAGCUGGUGAGGCACCUGAGAGGCCGUCUGUUGGAGGCUCAGAGGCUGCUCACACAGGCUCAGGUGGAUUACAUUUCUGUCUAUGAGGAAGUGCAGCAGCUCAAAAGGAAACUAUUCUCCACAGCACGAGACAGCAUCCAGAGCCAAGUGACACUGGCUGCACGCCAGUUUGAAGUGGCCCAGUCUGAUGUGACACAGGAGGAGCUUAAAGCCACUAUUCACAGCCUAACAGAGGAAAAGGCAGAGCUUGAGAAAGCCCACAAAGAGCAGGUGCGUCACCUGCAGAACCUGAAGGCUAAGCCCAGGUCCCGAACCAUGAGUGACAGUGUGAGCCUGUGUCGCCAGGCCUCUCUGCGACUCCAGCGCAGACUCAGCGGCAGCAUCAAGUCCUUGGAGAGCUGGUAUGAGCCUUGCCUUAUGGCUCUGCUUCGGAGGAGGCAAAUUGGAGAAGAUGCUCUGAGAAGAACCAGGGAGCAGUCCACAGACCUAAGGACUCAGCUGGGACCCCUCAGGGAGGAUGUCCAGAGGCUAGAGACACAGAGAGCUUCAUUGGAGAAGAGAAAAGCACUGAUGGAGAUUGACAGGGAACACAACUUGAAACAACACAAGGACAAAGUGGAGGAACUGAAGAACGUCUUAAAUGACCUUGAAGAGGAGUUUGAAACUCAAAAAAUGUCCAAGAACAUUCUAGCAGAUCUUAAGGAGGGCUUGUUGAGAGAACUAACAUUUCUCAGAGGCAGUGAUGAUGAAGCUCCUGACGAACAUCAAUUACUUUCUAAAUAUGAUGCAUUAUAGCACAUUUCUUAGAGGAUCAUUCAUACUGCUGUUUAUACAAUGUAAUAAAACAGAAAAACCUUGAAAUACUGUAAA